AUGGGAAUAUUUGCGGUAAACAAGGAAGGAGAAGUCACAGUGAGCUUCAAGAACGAGAUAAACUUGAAUGAUUUCUUUAAGCCUGAUCAGAUAGCUGAUGCAACUGCUGAAAAAUCUACGAGUUUGAAGAGAAGGAAGGUUGGAAAUCUGAAGCUCCAAACCGCAUUCUCGUUCAGAUAUUUGUUCAGCAAACAAAAACCAGAACAAAUGUUUUCUCCAAAGUCCUAUGAUCAGCUUGAACUAGCAGCAAUUAAGGUUCAGAAAGUCUACAAGAGUUACAGGAUCAGAAGAAUUCUGGCUGAUUGUGCAGUUGUUUGCGAGGAGCUGUGGUGGAAGGAUUCGGUGAUUAAUGCUAACAGGUGUUCUAUAUCCCAUUUUGACUCUGAUAAAUCAGAAACAGCUAUUUCAAAAUGGGCAAAGGCUAGGAUGAUGGCUGCUAAGGUGGGAAAAGGUUUGUCCAAAGAUGAUAAGGCACAGAAAUUAGCACUAAGAUACUGGCUUGAAGCUAUUGAUCCCCGUCAUCGAUAUGGUCACAACCUUCACUUUUACUAUGAAGUCUGGUUUCGUAGCCAGAGCGAUCAGCCUUUUUUCUACUGGUUGGAUGUUGGAGAUGGCAAAAAAGUGGAUCUAAAAGCAUGUCCUAGAGAGAACUUGCAGAACCAGUGCAUAAAGUACCUUGGACCUAAAGAAAGGGAAGCAUAUGAAGUGAUUGUAGAGAAUGGGAGGCUUGUUUAUAGAGAGAGCAAGAACCUUGUACACACUACCGAGGAAUCCAAGUGGAUCUUUGUUCUUAGCUUAUCUAGAAUUUUGUAUGUUGGGCAGAAGAACAAAGGCCAUUUUCAGCACUCCAGUUUUCUGGCUGGUGGUGCAACCAUUGCAUCUGGAAGAUUGGUUGUUGACCAUGGAAUUCUUCAAGCUAUAUGGCCAUACAGUGGUCACUACCGUCCAACAGAGAAAAAUUUCAUGGAAUUCAUCAGCUUCUUGGAGGAACACAAAGUGGAUAUGACAAAUGUAAAGAAAGAUGCAGUGGAUGAAGAUGUUCUUCCACCUUGUGAAGCUGGCAAUGAUGAGAAGCUGGGGUUUGAGUACAUGGAAGGCAAUGUGAGUGGCAGUGACUCUUCCACUGCUAAUAAUAAUAAAGGUAAAGAAAAAGUGGAAGAAGAAGGUUCAGUAGCUGAGAACAAGCCAAUGUCAAGCAAAUGGAGUACUGGAGUAGGUCCUAGGAUUGGUUGUGUGAGAGAAUAUCCAACAAAAUUCCAAGUUCAAGCACUUGAACAGCUCAAUCUUUCACCCAGAGUGAACCAGGGAACAUUUGCAGGAAAAGCACCAAUUCCUUCUCCAAGACCAAGAACUAAACAUAUGUCACCUAAGCUUGUGAACAUGGGACUUCCUAGCCCAAUGCUACAUGGACAUUGUUGAAGUGCAUGCA